AUGCGACGAGUCUCGCGUCUUCUUGCUGGGAUGCGGCGGUUUAUGUUGCUUAAUGCAACCUGUCCCGAUAAUUCUCCUACAGUCUCGUGGAUACUGAAGCAUCGGUCGAAGUACGUUGGGCAAUUUGGCCUCAGAAAGGGGAACACACCCACCGAAUCGCUAUAUCUCAUGUAUGAAUAUAUUGUGGCAGGGUGGACAGUUGGCCUACGCAAUGAGAUUGAAUAUUUCUUUAAUCAAUCAUCCUGGGCAGUCUCCGCAAUCCCCGACCCUAAAGACCCGGACCCAGAGCGAUAUGCCAUCCUUGCUGUUUUGCCUUACUACCUAACAAGGGCGUUCAACCGGCUCAUUGAGCGCGGAAUACCACGAGAUUGCCCCGCAAUCAUCACGUCUGAGGAAAUGGAGGAUGAAUUGAGAGCUCGGCCGAAAGUACUGGAAAAGGAACCAAGCUGGGUUGAGCAGGUGCCGAGUUUGGAGCAAACACUGAUCAUACCAGACGACAACGGAGAGGUCCCUCCAGAGAGAGAUAGGAGUGAGCAAUUUCUGAGGAAAAAAGUUAUUAUGGAAGAGCCUCAUACAUUGUUUGUUUAG